AUGCCAUCGUUCCAGCGGCUCAAACACCCCUUUCGACGCCCUACUCAUUACUACACGAUCCAUGAACCAUCUCCUACACCAAGACAAUUAGAAGAACGACGUGAGAAGGAGAGGCGAAGGGCACGCGACAAGAUUGAGAACGACCUUGAUGACGGGCGUGUGGGGCCUAGGAGUAGUGAUUCGCCUGAUGAGCUUCCAGUGAUUAUCGACAGAGGUCCAUACAGGGGUCACAUUUACCCACGGGAGCAGCUUUUCUUCAACAGCAUCAUGCUGGCCUCUGAUGUAGAGCCGAUUUGCGCUGGCCCACUGGGAGGAGAGCUUAGACAGGAGGUGCACAGAGCCCCAAUAAGGCGUCCAAAGACGCAGCGUGAGCAGAAGCCACGUUCAAGGCCUGUGCCAAGUGAAUACUUAACCGCGUCACAGAACGCAGAAAAUCUAAGACAGUGGGAAGAGCGGAAUAAGGUUCAUGAGAUAGAGCAAAGAGAGUAUCCGAGACCCGUGCCGAGUGAGUAUUUGACGGCCAAACAAAACGCUGAGAACUUGCGGCGGUGGAAAGAACGCAGCAGGAGUCUUGCAGCUCCACGGGCACAAGUUCUAAUGCGGACUCCGUCUUCCCCAAGACCCCCAUCUCCACCAAGGGGACCGAUCACCCCUGGCACUAGGGAAUGGGAUGGCUUCAUGGACUUCCCUUUGGAUAAUUCCGUAUACGCUGAUGGCAGCAAAGAGGCCACUGUGGAUGUACCUGACUCAGCAUGCAUCCUACCGACGAUAUUCACACCUGAUGCCCCACCGCACCUGACGGAUGCCCCUGAGACUGAUAUUGAUUCGGUACCGCAGGCUGAUUUCUCUUCCACACCAACUCAAUCAGAUUGUUCACAGAAAAAGGCUGAAGGAAAUGCCUCGAGAAGACUAGAAAUCCGAUUGUCAACCGGAAGCGAGCAGCCUGAACGGCUAACAUGGAACUCAGCGCUCAACAGUAUCAUACGCAAUGAAGCCGUCGAUCCAGUCAUGAGAGCAAGAGUCAGAGAAAGAAUUGAACGUAGUCUCACCUCUGCUGAUCAAAAGCUUUUUGACAAGAACUCUUACCCUGUUACUAUGAAGGACGCUGGUCUUGUUCCAAAUUUCAGCCACCCAAGUGCUGGGAGUGAGUUUCAUGACCGUCUUCAGUCUGGACAGGCGGACCGGUCGUUGUCACUGGAAAAGUUUAGACAACUCGAGGAACAACAGGAGGAACAGUCACUGCCUAAUGGCGUGAAUGCUGGAUAUCACAAUCGUUCGAAUUCAAGUAGCGCUCUCUAUUGUUCUCCCCCGCACUCCGACUGGCCACUACGCGGAGGUAAUGAAGAGAGUCCACCUCAGCUAACUAAUGGUGUACCACCAGGUUACUAUUCUUCGUCAUCGGGCUCUAGUGACGACUCCAAUCAUGAUCCCUAUCAUCGCCCACCGUCACCCCCUGAUCGUGUGCCAGAGCAUGUCUUCGCCUUUCUCUGUUCUCUACUGACACCGUCCGAACUCGCCCUCCACUACGAUGUCAUCUACGAUUCGGCUCCUCCAUAUCCUCCACCAUUUCCCAAUCUUGUACCACGCAGCAAUGCCAUGUCGGCGAUCCCAUUAGACGUGCGUCUUGUCCAAAAGCUACACACUGCGGUUUACGGUCUCCAAGAUCGCAUCGUUGGCGUAGAAGAAGACCUCAUUCCAGAACUUAGCACAAAUCUGGAGAACAAGCACCUCCAGGUCAGGGAACUCGAUGUACAGAAUCUCAGCCUGCAGGAAGAGGUUAUAGAACUCAAGCGCAUAGUAGACUUCAGCAACAAGGUUCUGGCUGGAUGUUGGGAGCGCGAAUGA